AUGAAGAAGAGGAAGAAGAGGAGCCGCAAGCUCGAUCGAGCGAGGAACCCAGUCGAGUGGAGCGCUCCUGAUGGCCGUCUCCCUCUCCAGACCACGACCUUGCCUCCCAGUUCUUUGGGGGGCACUGAGGCUAAGUUUGGGGGUGCCAACUCGAGCUCGAUCGAGUUGGGUGUAAAAACCAGAAAAGUGGUAAAAGUUGGGAAAAUCCAAAGGAAAAAGAGUUUAGUUAAGUCCAGGGAGUUGGCAGUGUUAAAAAGGGUCUAGUCUUUUGGAGCAUUCUGGAGCAUAUGGGACGUGAGGAGCAUGGAGGGACUUGGGCAUGGACGCAGCUCAACUGGAUACGCAAAGGAAGAAGGAGGAAGCCAUCUUGAAGACCAGCUCGACCAUCUACUCGACCAACCGGUCGAGUUCCUCAACUCGACCGGCCAAGCUUCAACUCGAUCGAGCUGGAAGUCAAAGUCAAACCCGAAAAAUGUUGCUUCCCCCUUGACUUCCUUUGACCCUAAACCUAAUCCUCUUUGUAUUUAA